CGCAAUCGUCGUUAAUUUGGACUGAUUUUGGCCACUGAACAUUUCGCUCUCACUCUACUGAAAAAUGCAGAAUCAGGGUUUUACGCUUUGAAAUUUUGGAGGCAAAACCAAUGGAAGCCAUUCAAUCACACUACAUACAUAACCUGAAUCACUCUACACUUGACUUAGGGUUUGAUCCUCAACCUCAAAAAACGUCGUCGUUUUCACCCCAUUCCAUUCUUCAAAACCCUACUCAGAAUGCACCAAAUGCUGAGGAAAACGACGUUGAUGAUGAAAUAGCGCUGAAAAUCAUUGUGGAAGAGCUUCAAAAUCUGGUACUAAACCAGGCAUUCAGUGAAGAGAGAUUAAAAGGAGAUAUACAUGAAGAAAAUGAACCCAUUAAGAAAAAAACUGCAAAUGAGUACGUAGAUAAUGACUAUGAAGAUGAGAUAGCGAUGAAAAUUAUCAUCGAAGAGCUUCAGAAUUUGGUCUUAAACCAGGCAUUUGAGGAAGAGAGAGCAAAAAGAGAUAUUUAUGAAGAAAAUGAUAUCACCAUUAAGGUAAAAACUGAAACUGAGUACGGCAAUAACCGUUGGGGAGAUUGUGACUAUGGUUGGGGCGAAAAUGGAAAUGGAAAUGUGAUUGAUGUGGAAAAUGAGAAGGGUGGUUCAAAGGAAUGGGGAUUUAAUGCGAAUGGAAGGAGUUUGAAUUACCCGUUAAGACCUGAUGCUGAGGAUUGUGCUUAUUAUAUGAGAACAGGGACAUGUAAAUAUGGAUUGAGUUGCAAGUUUAAUCACCCUUCCCGAAGACAAAACCAGCAUUGGGCAAUGGAGAAGGGCAAGCAAAAGGAAGAAAGCGAGGAAAGAGCAGGGCAGAUUGAAUGCAAGUAUUUCCUGACAGAAGGAGGGUGCAAGUAUGGGAAUGCCUGUAAAUACAAUCAUAGCAGGAGAAAGGGUGUGAUCUCCCCUGUUCAAGAUUUUAACUUUCUUGGCCUGCCACUUCGAUCGGGAGGGAGGGAUUGCCCCUACUAUAUGCGCACUGGCUCCUGCAAGUAUGGAUCCAAUUGCAGGUUUCAUCAUCCUGAUCCUACCACAAUAUAUGGAAGUAAUCCUUCUUCUGGAUACAACAAUGGUGGAUCUGCUCCAAUACAAAGUGCCUCCUAUCCAACAGGGUCUUCUUGGUCUUCACCACUAUUAUUGAAUGAGACAAGUCCAUUAGUACCAGGGAUAUAUCCAGCAAGUCAAGGAAUUCCUCCUCUAAGUCCACAAUGGAAUAGGUUUCAGGCCCCGGUCUAUCCAACCUCAGAUAAGACCCUACCUACACCUCCAGCACUUGCUAUGAAGGAUCUAGCAACUAAGACAAACUUCUAUCCCCAACCUCAGCCGCCAUGGCUUGUUGAAGAAUACCCUGAACGUCCAGGUCAACCUGAUUGCUCUUACUUCAUUAAAACUGGAGACUGUAAAUAUAAAUUUAACUGCAAAUUUCAUCAUCCAAAGACUCAAAUGUCCAAGACAAACCCGAGUGUUCUCAGUGUCAAGGGCCUGCCACUAAGACCAGGUCAAGAUGUCUGUUCAUUCUACAGCCGUUAUGGGAUUUGCAAGUUUGGACCUGCUUGUAAGUUUGACCAUCCAGAACAUUAGGACAACUCAGCUUCUUCUCUUGGGUUUGCUUUUUAUCAGCCUCCAUUAGGCAAUUCUGCAUCCACAGAUGGCUUGAGGAUGGGGAGGAAAGGAAAUGGAAGUGGCUCACUACUGCAGCAGUCUGUCUAAGAAAUCUUUGCAUCCAUUUCAUUCAGAAGUUAGAAUAGAAACCCCGUGGCUUACAAACAGAGUAGAAACUCUAUAUAGUCCUUUAAUGUUUUAUUUUGUCACAAGCUUAAGCAAAUAGGUUUUUGUAUAUCUUAGCAUGUUUAUAGACUACAGGUGGGUAUAUGGAUGUCGAUGCAGCAGUAUGUUAUUAGGAACAGUAACUUAAAUCAGAAUAUGCAACCCCUUUUAACUCCUUGAA